GCCGGAAUACAGAAUACAGAACACAGAGGCCAAAAUGCAACUGCGGUCAAUGACAAAGAAGCGAGGAGUCAGCAUGAUGGCGCCUGGGCUAAUGCUGCUUUUGGUGGACACCUCUUCGGUGGCGGCACGCAAGCUGCCCAAGCGGCCGGCGGUGAAACCGUUGAAGACAUUUCCGCGCAACAACGCCACACCGAUUCCGGCAACGGGAGCGGGAAUUGCGGCGCCGAACGGAAGCGAGCUACCAAAACCGUUGAGCGUUGAGCCAGCGGAAGCGAUUGUCGCAUCGCCACCUGGCUCUGCAGAUUCCUCAGGUGAUUCUGCCACUGCCACUGCCACUGCGACUGCCAAUGCCCCCGCCCCUGCCCCAGCAUCACCUGCUAUAUCACCUGCCGCCGAGACCAAGGCCGAUGAUCUGGGCCCCGCUCCCAUGGCAACACCUUCGGGGAGCUCCUCUUCGGUGGACGAGGACUGCGAACCGGAUAUGAUUGGCUUCGAACUCAUAACAGGGUACGUGCUAUCGGCGCCAUCGAAGCAACUGGAAACGCUGCCCGGCACCCUCAUGCUGACCGACUGCCUGGAGGCCUGCCAGGCCAAUGAAUCUUGCAGCGCGGUUAAUUACGAGACGGGCCUGUGUGUCAUGUUCCGCAGCACCGCCGAUCAGUUGCCAGGUUCACUUUCCCGCUCCCAGUACCCCGUGUUCACCGUUUACGCGCAGAAAUCCUGCUUCGGAGUGCGUCCCUGCUCGAAGGCCUGGUGCAUCGAUCGCGUCCAGGGCUACCGACUCCCAGAGCGGGCCAAGGCCAGCCAGAGUGUGGCCACGCGGCGCGACUGCAUCGAGCUCUGCCUGGGCGAGACGGAGUUCACCUGCCGAUCGGCCAACUACUAUGCGCACUCUGGCCUGUGCGAGCUCUCGGACAUGGAUCGCAUUACGCUGUCGGACGAGGCGAACAUCGCGGCCUACGAUGGCGCCGACUAUCUGGAGAACAACUGCGCGGAGGAGCCCAGCAAGCUGUGCGAGUUCAAGCGCGUAGCGGGUCGCAUUCUGAAGACGGUGGACUCGGUGCACCAGAACGUUCAGACCCUGGACGAAUGCCGCGACCUCUGCCUGACGGCCCCGUUCCGGUGUCACUCGUACGACUACAACGAGACCGGGGAGCUGGUGUGCCGCCUCCAUCACAGCCGGGCCACUUUGACGGAUCUCUCCGAGCCCUACCUCUCCAUCGAGGAGGCGGCCACCUACGAGCAGUCCGCUUGCUACAAUGUCUCCAUCGACUGCCGCUCAGGCGAGAUGGUGACCAAGAUCCGUACCUCCAAACUGUUCGACGGCAAGGUCUACGCUAAGGGAGCACCCAAAUCCUGCGCUGUGAAUGUGAACAACUCUCUGGAGUUUGACCUCAAGAUGCGGUACAACGAUCUGGAAUGCAAUGUGCGACAGAGUGCCUACGGCAGGUAUAUGAACGACAUUGUGAUCCAGCACCACGACAUGAUUGUCACCUCCUCCGAUCUUGGACUGGCCGUAUCCUGCCAGUACGACUUGACCAACAAGACGGUGGUUAAUAAUGUGGAUCUGGGUGUAACUGGAGAGAUUGAGUCUACGCUCAGCGAGGAAAUCAUCGUCGAUUCACCGAACGUCAUCAUGAAGAUAACCGCACGUGAUGGCAGCGACAUGAAGAGGAUCGCCGAGGUUGGGGAUCCGCUGGCACUGCGAUUCGAGAUCGUCGACGCCAACAGCCCGUACGAGAUCUUUGUAAGGGAACUGGUGGCCAUGGACGGGACGGACAGCGCCGAAAUCACACUGAUCGACGCCAACGGCUGUCCCACGGACCAGUACAUAAUGAGUGCCAUGCAAAAGCUGGCCAGCAAUCGCAAGGUGCUGCUCUCACAGUUCGACGCCUUCAAGUUCCCCUCCUCGGAGCUGGUGCAGUUCCGCGCCCUGGUCACGCCCUGCAUACCGCGCUGCGAACCGGUUAUCUGCGACAACGAUGAGAACGGCGAGCUCAAGUCGCUGCUGUCCUACGGUCGUCGCAAGCGAUCGGUGCUCAACGGCACUGAUGGCGUUGAGCUGGCCAUUAAGUCGGAACGCCAAAAACGUGAUGUGAGUCAUCAGGCGGCCGGCGAUGAGAACCUUCUGCUGGUGCAAUCGAUACAAAUCACCGAUAAGUUCGCCUUCAAUGGCGCCGAUUCUCCGGGAGGCAGCGGUUUGGAGGCCGGUGGUCUGGAUGGCCUGGCCAAAUUGCAACUGGACCUGGGCACCAAAUCGGACACUUGCAUAAAUGGCUAUGGCUUCAUAAUUGCCGGGGCUCUGUUCCUGCUGCUCCAGCUGACGGUCAUCGCUGUCUGGGACAAUAUGCAGAAGCGAGCGUUACACAAGCGGUAAGACCGUCAACGCCAGUGAAUGGCCUCUUAACAAGCCAGUUGGAAAGGUUGGAUACGGAGAAGAUGGAACCGGUGGAGUGGAUGGAGCUCCAAAUGCAGAUGGAGGAUGGAAAUGGAAGCAGAGACAGAAACAGAAACCGAGCUGCAGGUGGAGAGGCAGAAACUAGCAUGAAAUUCUACUUAGCUCAAAACUUAGCACCGCUCAUAAUCUAGUUAGUAGAUGUACGAUCGAGAGAUGGAGAUGGAGAAAUGGAGACGCCCUUCCCCGGACUUUCCGCCAUAGAGCUGGACUCCUCUGUGAAGGGAUCCCCCUAGGAACGAACCGUAGCUUAAUAUUUAUACCUAUGCCUAACUAUAAACCCCCACGUAUGUGUGCGCAUUUAGGCGCCCCCUCUAUAAGACUUACUUGCUAGGACUACUCACUCUGAAUACAUAUGUCGGCAUACUAUCAGCUUAAGACUCGGAACUUGGAACUCGGAACGAAAAGCUCCUUAGUUGUAGUGCGAACGAACCAUUCAAACCUCUCAAGCGAGCUUCGAACUGACAACCAUUGCUCGUUUAAGAGGUUUGACUGUCUACUAAUACUUAACACUUAACUUAACUUAACUUAACUUAAUGCUUAUAUAUGCUAGGCCCAAUCGAACAAUCGAACACAAACACACAAAAAUGUAAGAAAAUGUAACAAGAGACAAAACUUCAGAUGCUAUAAAAGGUAAAUAAACGUAUUAGAAAGAUACUCGUUUGCAUUCGCA